UCCAGUGUGUUAUGUGGCUUUGGAUCAUGAAUGAGGUCUGAGUUCUGGAUAGGGCUAAGAAAUAUUAGGCUUAUCAAUUUCAACAAACUCUUGGCCUGGAAUUUAGAAAUGGGAAAGCAAUCAAUAGUCUUCAAACAAUUAGCAUUACAAAGUCAAAUUAUCACAACAAGUAAACCAACAUUUGUGCAGUGUAGAAAACUUCUUUGCUGACAAUGUCACAGCAGAGUGAUACACUACCCAACCAUUGCUACAUACAAAUAGAAAGCCUUGAGCAAGAUACAUCUGGGCGCAGUGUUAUUGAAACUGAAAUAAAAGUAGAAGUGUGUUAUGAGUCUGCACCUAAUGAAGAUGGUGACUUGACAGACAAAGUUAAGGAUGAGUUUGAGAAAACACAAUAUAAAAUAAAGGAUGAGAAUUGUGCCCCCAGUUGUUCAUUUUUGGCAGACAGUGUAAAAAAUGAGUUUGACAAACUACAGUAUCCAAUAAAAUAUGAUAAUGACACCAGAUGUACAAUUUGUUUUGAACAAAUUCCUUACGAACAUAAGUAUAGUGAACAUAUGAGAAAGCAUUUCCAGAAUGGAGAUUGUGAUGCUCAGUUUUUGACUCCAACAAGCAAGCCACAUACAGCUGUCAGUGAGAGCUGCAACUCUGAACACAACCAUGUUCAGCUGGUUCAUCACUAUCAGCAGUCUGCAAACUUACCUUCAACAUCAUUUGCUCUUUUGGCUAAUAGACUUGCUAACAAAGUUAAAGCAGCCACGGAGAAUAUAGUUGCCACUUCAGGCCAAAACAUACCAAGAGCUUUACACUCUGAAACUGGUUCUAGUAAAAAUAUUAAUAGAAAAUUUAAAAACUCAAAAAGAAGUUUACAGAUAAACGUGAAUCAAAAAAACAUGUUUACUUGUGAUGUUUGUACGAGAAUGUUUAAACACAAGAGUCGUUUAGUUAAACACAUGCAGACUCAUAAAGACAGAAAAUCUACUUGCAAAGCUAAGCGUAAACGAGACAUGGCAGGCCAUAUAAGAACCAAUGAGAAUGAAAAAACUUAUUCUUGUAUAUUAUGCGAGUAUAAAAGCCCACAAUACAGUCAAGUGGUGAGACAUAUUCGCACUCACACUGGUGAGAAACCUUACUCAUGCAACUUAUGCGAGUAUAAAUGUGCACAGAACAGUAAUCUGCAACUGCAUAUGAGAUCUCAUAGUGGUGUGAAGCCUUUUUCAUGCGAGUUGUGCAAGUAUAGGUUUGCACGCAAAGAUCACUUGCAACGUCACAUGUCAACUCAUACGGGCGAAAAGCCUUAUUCGUGUCAGAUAUGCACAUUCAAAUGUGCGGAACUUAAUAGCCUGCAACUGCACACACGGAUUCACACUGGCGAAAAGCCUUUUGCUUGUAACUUUUGCGAAUACAAGUGCGCGCGUAAAGGUAACCUGCAGAUCCACUUAAAAUCCCACACAGGUGAAAAACGUUUCUCUUGUAAUUUAUGUGAAUAUAAAAGUGCAUUUAAUUAUGGCCUUGAAAAUCACAUGAAAUCUCACACUGGAGAAAGGCCAUACUCUUGUGAAUUAUGUGGCUCUAAAUUUGUGCGAUAUAUUAACUUGCAACAGCACAUGAGGACCCAUACCGGCGAAAAGCCUUAUUCUUGUAACUUUUGCGAGUAUAAAGCUGCACGAUAUAGUAAUUUGCAACAGCAUAAGAGAAUCCACACUGGUGAAAAGCCUUUUUCGUGCAAGUUAUGCGACUUCAAAAGUGCAUAUUACACUAGCUUGCUACAGCACAUGACUACGCACACUGGCGAAAAGCCCUUUUCUUGUAAGUUAUGUACAUACAAAUGUGCCCGGAAAACUAGUCUAAAAGUGCACAUAAGAACUCACACGGGUGAAAAACGAUUUACUUGUACCUUAUGUGAUUAUAGCAGCGCGCAUAACAAUCACGUAAUGAGACAUAUGAAAACGCACACAGGUAAAGAGACUCACUCUUGUAAUUUCUGCGAGUAUAGAUGUGACCAGAGUAAGGAAUUAAAACAGCACUUGAAAACACACACAUUUAGCCCUGUAGCAACACCCACACUUGAUGAGGAAGUCAAAGCAAAUAUGACAAAUACACAGCCAUUAAACUAAACAACUACUUCAUCACCUACACAUGCAGAAACAUGAUUAUUGCACAUAAAAACUCUAAUGUAUAAUGUAAAUAUGGUUUUAUUUAUAAAUAAACGGAUAUGAUAUAGUACAAUGA